AUAUUUACUACCAGUGACUAUGAUCGCUCUUGGGAAACGAAAAUACUUAUUUUUUACUGCCAAAACCUGCCAAUGUGAUAUGUCAUGCAGCUACGACAUGGUUUUUCUUGGCGAAGCGAGAAUACCUGCGCGAAAUAUAAAAUUCGUCUGCUACGGCAUCCCUUGAACAUAAACAUGACCACUGUUGAUUGUGAUGAAAUGUCUGUGCAUCCACGUAUAAUUGCGGUGGAGUCAUCAUCUGUUGUGACAUCCUUUGAUGAUUCUAAUUCGAUGGAUGAAGAUUCUUUGAAUGAAGUUACUGAUCCGGUACAAAAGAAAAGAAAGUUGGAUCUGGAUGAAGUAUCAAUGGAUCAGUCUAUCAAGCAAAUAUUGUUUAACAUCAACAAGGCAAUAUGUUUACGUCUUGAUGGAAUAGAACACCGCCUUAAUCACAUCCAGAGUCGAACAAAACUGGUUGAAGAAAAAGUAGAACAGUUGUUGGUGAUGUCAAGGCAGCAACCUGGCUCUGUAGUUCACCAGCCCCCUAAUAGUAGGCGUGGGGCUGUAAUUAUUGGUUUACCACAAAAUGGAACCAGAAUUGAUUCAGGUACUGAAUUAACAGCUGAACAAGCCAAUCAACUAGCAGCAGAAGCAGAACAGUCUCUGAACUCAGUGGAUGGAAAUGUCCAAAGUCUGGGACCAAACGUAACACUAAUAACACUCAACACAGAAGAUGAUUUUCCAUCUGGUACGUGGCUGGGUGAUGAAAGCAAUCCUGAGAUGAGAGUUCGUGCUCCCAUUCUUCCAAGUGACCUCCUUCACAUACAUUCCAAUUGUCGUACUCCCGAGAAAAUGGCACUGACAAUGUUGGAUUACCUGUUUGAUAGGGAAACACAAGCCUGUUCAAAUUUAUCUGGAAUGGGAAAACAUGGGAAGAAACAGCUGGAUCCGUUAAUGAUAUAUGGAAUCCGGUGUCAUUUAAUUCAAAGAUUUGGAAUUACUGAAAAUGACUGGCACAGAAUUAAACAAAACAUAGACUCAAAGUGUCGCACAGCUUUCAGAAGAAAACAGAAAGGAAUGCCACUGACUGUGAAAGCUUUUCGUGGAAAGGCUCAUGAAAAAACUAUUGCUGGUGCUUUAUCUGUUGACUGUCAGAGUGAUGAUGAUUCUAUGAAUCAUGAAGAUUCUGAACUGCACAUACAUCAGAGUGACUGUGAUAUUCACCAAUCUAUAUCUAUGCAAGGGGAGACAAUUCAGCAAGGCGAGAUUCAGAUUUUACAUGCGACACCCGAACAAAUUUCACAAUUACAACAAGCUCAUCACAUACAGAUCCUGCAGGGAGAUCAGGUUAUAGGGCAAAUUCAGCAUGGUGAUAUAUCAGCAUUAGGCGAUGGUAUUCAAGUUGCCACGGUUACAACAGAUUCUGGUGAAGUAUUGCAGAUUCAGCAGGCACUUGCAUCAAGUGUGACAGAGUAAUCUGGCCCUGUAUUGCUCAGUAUUGAAGACAAUUAACUCAGGAACUGAUAAACCUUUAGUGAUAUAUGUGGUGCUGACAUUCAGCCGAGAACAAAAUGAUUGUGUUGUCCUCAUCAAUCACAAACAGUGCUCUACCAGUCAUAUUUAUGCCUUAUUUAGUAAAUUACUCUUCUUUUUUUUUUUUGCUCAUCAUGCUUUCAAAAAUUAGGGUCGUGAAUUCUUAGAACUCUUACUAUGUUUCUGGCCUCUGAAAAUUGAGAGAACGAUCGUUUCAAUCUAAGUUUGCAUUAGCGCAAGAUUUGGAUCACCACCAUUUACUUCAAUAUAAGAGGAAAUGGGUUACCAGGAUUUACAUCUCCGUAACCGAUAAAUGGGUCAUGCAGAUUUUCAAUUCUUAGAGGUCUGAUGUUUGUAUGUAUGCUGUUGUCAAAAUCAGAGUAUCAAAUACACUGUCAUUUGGCUGACGAUGUCGGUUAACCAGGUUAAUUAAAUUACAAAGAUGAUGACUUCAAAUGAUCCAUUGAUUGGCAGAUGUUUAUUUAUGAGCACUCUAGGUCAGUAAAUGUCCGAUUACACAAAUGCCUUCCGUCAUUGAAAUCCAUGUUAAAUUGCCCAGCUAAAGAUAAAGCUAAUAGAACAGGUUCUCAUUAGCACUAGUGGCAUAUACCAUUUUGAAGACAUUUUUAGAUAUUUGUUUAUUUUCACUGCAAAACUGAGAAUACUUCUGUCUGGGGUUUUUUGCUAUAUGACCUCUGCAGUACAUAGAAUCAGUUCUUACAGGCACAGCAGAGCAAGGAGUGGGGCUGGAAUCAAAAAUAUUAUUGGUAGUAAAUCUGGGAUGAAUUUUACUUGAAUGCAGGAAAUUGCAUUUCAGGACAUCUAUGUCAACUUGCUUCCCCUGUGCCAAUCUAAUUAAAAUUAGCUCCACUAUUACAUGUGGAUCUAACAGCAGCCAAUUGGAGCUCAUGUCCACCAAUCAAAACCUUACUUGCAGCAUCAUGUAAAACUGAAGACUGAUUUA